AUGAGAUGCAAAGUAUCUCAACCAGCACAACUUACUAACUUACUUGUACAUAGACUCCCACGAUUACUUUUUAAAUAUCCUGUUGUAAAUACCUUAUUUAUUCCCAGACGUCAUUAUUCCUUUAAUUUUUCAUUUAAAAAUAUACUAAAGAAAAUGACAGACCUUUCCCCAAGUCCAACAGAUUCCUUUAAUUAUACAGAAUUACAUUCAGCUUUACCAGCACAUUUUUUGGGUGGUAAUUCCGUGCUUAAUGCAGAACCUUCCCCAGUGACAGAUUUUGUCAAAUCACACCAAGGUCACACUGUUAUCACAAAAGUCUUGAUUGCAAAUAAUGGUAUUGGUGCCGUCAAAGAAAUAAGAUCCGUGAGAAAAUGGGCCUAUGAAACUUUCGGUGACGAAAGAGCUAUUCAAUUUGUUGCCAUGGCCACCCCAGAAGAUAUGGAAGCUAAUGCCGAAUAUAUUCGAAUGGCUGAUCAAUUUGUUGAAGUCCCAGGUGGUACUAACAACAAUAACUAUGCUAAUGUCGACUUGAUUGUUGAAAUCGCUGAAAGAACCGAUGUCCAUGCUGUUUGGGCUGGUUGGGGUCAUGCCUCUGAAAAUCCAUUGUUGCCAGAAAAAUUGGCUGCAUCUCCAAAGAAAAUUGUCUUUAUUGGUCCACCAGGAUCUGCCAUGAGAUCUUUGGGUGAUAAAAUCUCCUCAACUAUCGUUGCACAACACGCCAAAGUCCCAUGUAUUCCAUGGUCCGGUACUGGCGUUGAAGAAGUUCAAAUUGAUCCAGCUACAAAAUUAGUAUCAGUUAGUGACGAUGUCUACGCCAAAGGUUGUUGUACAUCCCCAGAAGACGGUUUAGAGAAAGCUAAGAAGAUUGGUUUCCCAGUAAUGGUUAAAGCCUCUGAAGGUGGUGGUGGUAAAGGUAUCAGAAAAGUCGAUAACGAAAAGGAUUUUAUCAGUUUAUAUAACCAGGCUGCCAAUGAAAUCCCAGGUUCUCCAAUUUUCAUCAUGAAAUUGGCUGGUGAUGCUAGACAUUUGGAAGUCCAAUUAUUUGCCGAUCAAUAUGGUACCAACAUUUCUUUAUUUGGAAGAGAUUGUUCUGUUCAAAGAAGACAUCAAAAGAUUAUCGAAGAAGCCCCAGUCACCAUUGCCAAUAAGGAAACUUUCACUGAAAUGGAAAAAGCAGCUGUUAGAUUGGGUAAAUUGGUUGGUUAUGUAUCUGCCGGUACUGUUGAAUACCUUUAUUCUUAUGCUGAAGACAAAUUCUACUUUUUGGAAUUGAACCCAAGAUUGCAAGUUGAACAUCCAACUACCGAAAUGGUUUCCGGUGUCAAUUUACCAGCCGCUCAAUUACAAAUUGCUAUGGGUCUUCCAAUGCACAGAAUCAGAGAUAUUAGAUUAUUGUAUGGUGUUGAUCCACAUUCUGCCACUGAGAUUGAUUUUGAAUUCAAGUCUCCAAACUCAUUAAUCACUCAAAGAAAGCCAGCUCCAAAGGGUCACUGUACUGCUUGUCGUAUCACUUCUGAAGAUCCUGGUGAAGGUUUCAAACCAAGUGGUGGUACUCUUCAUGAGUUAAAUUUCCGUUCAUCUUCAAAUGUUUGGGGUUACUUCUCGGUUGCCAACCAAUCCUCUAUCCAUUCUUUUGCUGAUUCCCAAUUCGGUCAUAUUUUCGCCUUUGGUGAAAAUCGUCAAGCUUCCAGAAAACACAUGAUUGUUGCCUUGAAAGAAUUGAGUAUUAGAGGUGAUUUCAGAACCACAGUUGAAUAUUUGAUCAAAUUGUUAGAGACCCCAGAUUUUGCUGAUAAUACUAUCACUACUGGUUGGUUGGAUGAAUUGAUCACCAAGAAAUUAACUGCUGAAAGACCUGAUCCUAUCGUUGCUGUUGUUUGUGGUGCCGUCACCAAAGCUCACAUUCAAGCCGAAGAAGACAAGAAGGAAUAUAUUGAAUCUUUAGAAAAGGGUCAAGUUCCAAACAAAUCCUUGUUGAGAACUAUUUUCCCAGUUGAAUUCAUUUAUGAAGGUGAAAGAUACAAAUUCACUGCCACUAAAUCUUCUGAAGACAAAUACACUUUGUUCCUUAAUGGUUCCAGAUGUGUUAUUGGUGCUCGUCCAUUAUCUGAUGGUGGUUUGUUGUGUGCCUUGGAUGGUAAAUCACAUUCCAUUUACUGGAAGGAAGAAGCGGCUGCCACUAGAUUGUCAGUUGAUGGUAAAACCUGUUUGUUGGAAGUUGAAAAUGAUCCAACUCAAUUGAGAACUCCAUCUCCAGGUAAAUUGGUUAAAUACUUGGUUGAAAGUGGUGAACAUGUCGAUGCUGGGCAAUCUUAUGCCGAAGUUGAAGUCAUGAAGAUGUGUAUGCCAUUGAUUGCUCAAGAAAAUGGUGUGGUUCAAUUACUUAAACAGCCAGGUUCCACUCUUAAUGCUGGUGAUAUCUUAGCCAUCUUAGCCUUGGAUGACCCAUCUAAAGUUAAACAUGCUAAGCCUUAUGAAGGUACCUUGCCAUCUAUGGGUGAUGCAACUGUCACUGGUUCCAAACCAGCUCAUUUAUUCCAACAUUAUGAUACUAUUUUGAAGAACAUCUUGGCUGGUUAUGAUAACCAAGUCAUUUUGAAUUCUACUUUGAAGAAUAUGAUGGAUAUCUUGAAGAACAAGGAUUUGCCAUACUCCGAAUGGAGAUUACAAAUUUCUGCUUUGCACUCCAGAAUCCCACAAAAAUUAGACGAAGGUUUGAAUUCCUUGAUUGAAAGAACCGAAAGCAGAGGUGCUGAAUUCCCAGCUCGUCAUGCUUUGAAACUUAUCAACAAGACUCUUGCCGAACCAGGCAACGAAUUAUUGAAAGAUGUUGUUGCUCCACUUGUUUCCAUUGCUGAUCGUUACCAAAACGGUUUGGUUGAACAUGAAUACGAUUACUUUGCUUCAUUGAUCAACGAGUACUGUGAAGUUGAAAGCUUGUUCAGUGGUGAAAAUGUCAGAGAAGAAGAUGUCAUUUUGAAAUUGAGAGAUGAAAAUAAAUCUGAUUUGAAGAAAGUUAUCAGCAUUUGUUUAUCCCAUUCUCGUGUCAGUGCUAAGAAUAAUUUAGUUUUGGCAAUUUUGGAUGCAUAUGAACCAUUGUUACAAUCAAAUUCCUCCACUGCUGUUGCCAUCAGAGAUUCUUUGAAGAAGAUUGUUCAAUUAGACUCUCGUGCUUGUGCCAAGGUUGGUUUGAAAGCUAGAGAACUUUUGAUCCAAUGUUCUUUACCAUCAAUCAAGGAAAGAUCCGAUCAAUUGGAACACAUUUUGAGAAGUGCUGUUGUUGAAACUUCUUAUGGUGAAGUUUAUGCCAAACACAGAGAACCAAAAUUGGAAAUUAUUCAAGAAGUUGUUGAUUCCAAACAUGUUGUCUUUGAUGUUUUGUCUCAAUUUUUGGUUCACCAAGAUUCAUGGGUCGCCAUUGCUGCUGCUGAAGUUUACGUUAGACGUUCUUACAGAGCUUAUGAUUUAGGUAAAAUUGAUUACCAUAUCCAUGACAGAUUGCCAAUUGUUGAAUGGAAGUUCAAGUUAGCACAAAUUGCUGGUUCUAGAUACAACGCCAUCCAACCAGCCAGUAGUGGUGAUGAUUCAACUACUAUGAAACAUGCUGCUUCUGUUUCUGACUUGUCUUUUGUUGUUGACUCCAAGAGUGAAUCCACUGCCAGAACCGGUGUCUUGGUUCCAGCUAGACAUUUGGAUGAUGUUGAUGAAAUUCUUUCUGCUGCUUUGGAAUAUUUCCAACCAUCUGAUGCCCUUUCUUUCCAAGCUAAAGGUGAUAGACCAGAUUUAUUGAAUGUUUUGAACAUUGUUGUCACCAAUGUUGAUGGUUAUUCUGACGAAGAUGAAUGUUUGAAGAGAAUCCAUGAAAUUUUGGAAGAAUACCAAGAUGACUUGGUUUUCGCAGGUGUUCGUCGUGUCACUUUUGUCUUUGCUCAUCAAAUCGGUUCUUAUCCUAAAUACUACACUUUUAGUGGACCAGAUUACGAAGAAAACAAGGUUAUUAGACACAUUGAACCAGCAUUGGCAUUCCAAUUGGAAUUAGGAAGAUUGGCCAACUUUGAUAUCAAACCAAUCUUCACCAACAACAGAAACAUUCAUGUUUAUGAAGCUAUUGGUAAGAAUGCUCCUUCAGAUAAGAGAUUCUUCACUAGAGGUAUCAUUAGAGGUGGUGUCCUUAAGGAUGAAAUCAGUAUUUCUGAAUAUUUGAUUGCUGAAUCUAACAGAUUGAUCAGUGAUAUUUUGGAUACUUUGGAAGUUAUUGACACCUCCAAUUCUGAUUUGAAUCAUAUUUUCAUUAACUUUUCUAAUGUCUUCAAUGUCCAACCAUCUGAUGUUGAAGCUGCUUUUGCUUCAUUCUUGGAAAGAUUUGGUAGAAGAUUGUGGAGAUUGAGAGUUACCAGUGCUGAAAUUAGAAUUGUCUGUACUGAUCCACAAGGUACUUCAUUCCCAUUGCGUGCCAUUAUCAGUAAUGUUUCCGGUUAUGUUGUCAAAUCUGAAUUGUACUUGGAAGUUAAGAAUCCUAAAGGUGAUUGGGUUUUCAAAUCUAUUGGUCAACCAGGUUCUAUGCACUUGCAACCAAUUUCUACCCCAUACCCAGUUAAGGAAUCUUUGCAACCAAAACGUUACAGAGCUCACAACAUGGGAACUACUUUUGUUUACGAUUUCCCAGAAUUGUUCCGUCAAGCUACUAUUUCCCAAUGGAAGAAGUAUGGUAAAAAGGCUCCAAAGGAUGUCUUUACUUCCUUGGAAUUGAUCACUGAUGAAAACGGUGCUUUGGUUGCAGUUGAAAGAGAUCCAGGUGCCAACAAGAUUGGUAUGGUUGGUUUCAAAGUUACUGCUAAGACUCCUGAAUACCCACGUGGCCGUUCUUUCAUCAUUGUUGCCAAUGAUAUCACCCACAAGAUUGGUUCUUUCGGUCCAGAUGAAGAUGAGUAUUUCAACAAAUGUACUGAAUUAGCCAGAAAAUUGGGAGUUCCGAGAAUUUACCUUUCUGCUAACUCCGGUGCAAGAAUUGGUGUUGCCGAAGAAUUGAUUCCAUUAUACCAAGUUGCUUGGAAUGAAGAAGGUUGUCCAGAUAAAGGUUUCAGAUACUUGUACUUGACUCCUGAAGCCAGAGAAGCCUUGGACAAAGAUGGUAAAGGUGAUACUGUUGUCACUGAACGUAUCGUUGAAGAAGGUCAAGAACGUCAUGUUAUCAAAGCCAUCAUUGGUGCUGAAAAUGGUUUGGGUGUUGAAUGUUUGAAAGGUUCUGGUUUGAUUGCUGGUGCCACCUCCAGAGCUUACAAAGAUAUUUUCACUAUUACUUUGGUCACUUGUAGAUCUGUUGGUAUUGGUGCUUAUUUGGUCAGAUUGGGUCAAAGAGCUAUUCAAAUUGAAGGUCAACCAAUUAUUUUGACUGGUGCUCCAGCCAUUAACAAAUUAUUGGGUAGAGAAGUUUACUCCUCUAACUUGCAAUUGGGUGGUACUCAAAUUAUGUAUAACAAUGGUGUUUCCCAUUUGACUGCCAGUGAUGAUUUGGCUGGUGUUGAAAAGAUUAUGGAAUGGUUAUCUUUUGUUCCAGCUAAGCGUGGUAUGCCAGUUCCAAUCUUGGAAUCUGAAGAUACUUGGGACAGAGAUAUCGAUUACUACCCACCAAAGCAAGAAGCCUUUGAUGUCAGAUGGAUGAUUGAAGGUAAACAAGUUGAAGGUGAAGAAUUCGAAUCUGGUUUGUUUGAUAAAGGAUCAUUCCAAGAAACCUUGUCUGGAUGGGCUAAAGGUGUCGUUGUUGGUAGAGCUCGUCUUGGUGGUAUCCCUAUUGGUGUUAUUGGUGUUGAAACUAGAACUAUUGAAAACAUGAUUCCAGCUGAUCCAGCUAACCCAAGCUCCACUGAAGCUUUGAUCCAAGAAGCUGGUCAAGUUUGGUAUCCAAAUUCUGCAUUCAAGACUGCACAAGCUAUUAAUGAUUUCAACAAUGGUGAACAAUUACCUUUGAUGAUCUUGGCCAACUGGAGAGGUUUCUCUGGUGGUCAAAGAGAUAUGUACAAUGAAGUCUUGAAAUAUGGUUCUUUUAUUGUUGAUGCCUUGGUUGAUUUCAAGCAACCAAUUUUCACUUACAUUCCACCAAAUGGUGAAUUGAGAGGUGGUUCUUGGGUUGUUGUUGAUCCAACCAUUAACGCUGAUAUGAUGGAAAUGUAUGCUGAUGUUGAUUCCAGAGCUGGUGUUUUAGAACCAGAAGGUAUGGUUGGUAUUAAAUACAGACGUGAUAAAUUGUUGGCUACCAUGCAAAGAUUGGAUCCUACCUAUGCUGAAUUGAAGGAAAAAUUGAACGAUUCUAAAUUGUCACCAGAAGAACAUGCUGAAAUCAGUAGCAAGAUUGUUAAACGUGAAAAGGCUUUGUUACCAAUUUAUGCUCAAAUUUCUGUUCAAUUUGCUGACUUGCAUGACAGAUCAGGACGUAUGUUGGCUAAAGGUGUUAUCAGACGUGAAAUUAAAUGGGUCGAUGCUAGACGUUUCUUCUUCUGGAGAUUGAGAAGAAGAUUGAAUGAAGAAUAUGUUUUGAAAUUGAUUGGUGAACAACUCAAGAAUGCUAAUAAGUUAGAAAAAGUUGCUAGAUUAAAGAGUUGGAUGCCAACUGUCGAUUACGAUGAUGACCAAGCCGUUAGUACUUGGAUUGAAGAAAGCCAUGCUAAAUUACAAAAGAGAAUCGAAGAAUUGAAACUCGAAAGUAAGAAAUCUAACAUUAUUAAAUUGUUACAAGAAGAUCCAUCAAAUGCUGCUUCUGUUAUGAAAGAAUUCAUUGAUAGAUUAUCUGAUGAAGAAAAGGAAAAAUUCCUUAAAAAUUUGAAUUAA